AUUCAUCCAGUACGACACUAUGGAACUAAUUCAAUACGUGUCUCGAGUUUAGUACAAACACUUCUGGGGGAAAAAAACACCACGUUAACUCGACAAAAUCCCAAUUACAGUCAAAGUUGUGGCGAUAUUAAUGCUAGCUUUUUGAAAAAGACCGUUAGCGGCAUAGCAGAGUCCGUUGUCAAGGCAACAUGUAAACGAAUCUUCUAAGAUGGGUGGAGAAGCGUGAUUACCCACUCUGUCAUUACUCCGUGUUAACCGAGACAAACCGUUCGAAGAGGACGCUGGUUGGCUGUUAGUGAGCACACCUGCCGCUGAUUGGCCCGUAAUCGCCUACAAACCUGUCACUUAUUUCUGAACACGAGUGAACCCUCUGUUAGUUUAAAGGCUAACAACACAAAUACUCAGUAAAAAAAAAAAAAAAAAAAAAAAAGAAGAAGAAGAAGAAGAAGAAGAAGAUGGCUGGAGAGAAAUGGGACUUUGACAAAACUUUUUCUUUCAGUCCUCUUCCGUCCAAGAAACUCCCCUUUCUACAGGAUAAAGACACUUUGGCGCUGUUUAUGAAAUGGUCCAUGCUGGGGAGGCUCUCUGCUCGGUCUUACAGCUUUGACCAGACAUUUUACCCUUACAACAGUGAGAGGUUUGCACUGUGUUUCUUCAGAGACCCUGAUGUGGUAUCCAGCCUGUCCAAAGAGCUGAAGGCCGGAGCCUGGGUGCCUCUCGACAAGCCAGUGGUGUGUGUUGAUGUGGAGCUGGUGCCGUGCACUCAGGUCUCCAUGGAGCUGUUUGACCCAAUCUACUCUUGUGGGAUCCUGAGGCCCUCUGGACAUGUAGUUAAAUGCUUUCAUGAUGUCUACCCCGACUAUGAUGAACUCAGACGGAUGUUGCAGGAGGAGGACUCUGAGCACUACUACGUGGUUGGGAGGGAGGAGCGGGGAGAGUUUCUGUUUCGCAUCUUCGAGCACCUGUGUGUCGGAGGAGAGCUCUGUCAGUACGAAGACACCAUCGAUCCUUACAUCAGCACCACAAAGCAAAUCUAUAAAGACCUGAUCAGUGUUCAGAAGGAUCCAGAGACUAAGAAGAUCAGUGUUGUGUCCACAGUCCUCAGAGUCUGGGCUUAUGACGAGUCUGGGAGAUGCUACCCCGGGAGGAGAGAAGAGAAGCAGACGUUUGCCUAUUUGAUUGUCGACCCCUUCAAACGACACGUGACUUUGUUCUACCACUGCUACGGUGUAGGGCAUUUCACGCAGUGACAGCGUAGAACUGAUCAUUUUCCUGCAGAACUUGUCAGACCCCUGGUGGAUAUAUGUAUGUAAAAACACGAGCUCAGACUGGGAGCUUAAAGGAUGAGAACACUGCAGUCAGUCAGCUUUCCUACUCAAUUGUUGGGAGAAAUUUGAUUGGUAAAUGCUAAUGUCAGCAUAGUGUACUUAAGUAAAAGGUCUUAAAGUAUCUCAAAUUAAAUGUACCUAAUAUACUUAGUAUCUAAAGCACAGGUAAAAGUGAAUCGUACUACAUAUACAGUAUGUGCAUGUAUGUAUACUGUAUACCCUGGGUUGACUGAUUAUAAUAAUAUGAUUAUUAUUAUAUUCAGCAUCUUUUUUGAUUUUUGGAUUUGGUCUUUGUGUUAAUCCGAUUGCGAAUAAAUUAAAUUAAUUGAAAAAU